AUGGAAAAGACAACGGGAGGGUCUGUAUGGGGAACUUCAGUGUUUUCGUUCACGGAGGACGAACAGGUUGAACUUACAUCUCCAAAUCAGGGACAGGGCUAUUUAGACCCGUAUCAUUCCUAUGCACCGACGACUGCUGCUCCAUACCCUUCCCUAUCAUCAUUUGGCGUCGUGCCCGCAGAUCAAACUAUCUCCGAUCUUUCCCCAGCCUUCUUGCCUUGGCCGGUCGAUUACAAUAUACCGACACAUAUUCCUGUCCAUGACAAUAACGUCAACCCUCAAGCAACCGUCGCCACCUAUGUAUCUUCUCAUGGCCACCUCCAAGAGUACCCUCGCGUCCCGAACCCCAAUAUCCAGCAUCCAUCUCAGUCACCGACCAACAACAACACCUUAACAACUGCUGACCAAAACUACAAUACCCAGCACAAAACAACUAGAGCAACCAAAGCCCUGUAA